GUUACAGAUGAAUCGGAAUAAAUUAAAGAAACACCGUGAUUACUCGGUUUUAUUAAUCCAGGUGCAUCAUUGACUAGAUUUUGUAUGCGCAAAUACAUGUAGGAAUUUUAUUGCAGAAAAUGUCAAAUAAAUAGGAUAUGUCGUCAUCAGAGAGCGACAUAAUAACAAACGGCUGCGCUGAGCAGUGGGCACAAGACUGAAGGGGUUUGUUAUUACCGUCACUGUUCACUACAAGUACUGCACUUCACUCCAUACACACCAUAACAGUGUUUCAACGUAGUUUGAUCUUCUGAUUGUGUAUCAAAGUCUGAUCAUGGACAGUGAAGUACAGAGAGAUGGAAGAGUUCUUGAUCUCACAGACGAUGCUUGGAGAGAAGACAGACUGCCAUAUGAGGAUGUAACAAUCCCACUGAGUGAACUUCCAGAAGCAGAACAAGACAACGGCGGAUCAACUGAGUCGGUCAAAGAGCAAGAGAUGAAGUGGUCAGAUCUCGCCCUGCAAAGUUUGCACGAAAACACCCCAAACAUCGGCACUUAGAUGAGGAGGAGCUCUGUCCUCUCCAGCUGACCCCCAGCCGUUUAUCUGCUCGUGUGGGUGACUGAUCCAAGAUUUAUAAUAGAAAGUACACAGACUCAUUUCUGAAAAUAUGACAUUAAAUAAUUGUGUGAUUUGAAUUAAAAGGGUUUCAUUGUUUUGAUAUCAAAAGAACUAAAUAAAAUGUUUAAAAUCGAAGCGGAGUAUCAAUCAAUUUGAGUUUAGUGCUAAUUGUUUAAACUGGAAGACAAUUGGCACUCUUACAAUUCACAAAAUGUUCAAGGUUUCAGAUUAGUUAGUUGCCACCUACAAUUGAUCAAAAGUGACAGUGAAAACAUUUAUGUUAGAACAUUUUCAUUUCAAAUAAAUGCUUUCUUUGAACUUUA